AGAGGGCAGAGGGCUGAGGGGGCGGGGUAGGGCUGAGGUGGAAGCUAUGCGGUACAACGAAAGGGAGCUGCUGUCGCUCUCCCGGCAACCGGCCGAAAAGGCGGCAGAGAUUCUCAUGCGCGCCCCCAAGAAGGGAAGCGCCUUGAAGAAGCGCCUGGUGAAGUUAGUGGUCAAUUUUCUCUUUUACUUCCGAACAGACGAGGCUGAGCCCAUUGGUGCUUUAUUGUUGGAACACUGCAAGAUCACCAAAGAAGAAGAACAUGUCUUUUCCAUCAGCUUCCUUGAAGAGCCAGAGAGGAAAUACUACUUCGAAUGCGAUACAGAAGAGCAGUGCCAGGAGUGGAUCGAGGUCCUUCGCAGGGCCAGUUAUGAAUUCAUGAGAAGCAGCUUGAUCUUUUAUCGGAAUGAGAUCCAGAAGAUGACCGGGAAGGACCCCUUGGAACAAUACGGCAUCUCAGAGGAAGCCCGUUUCCAGCUGGGGACGAGGAAACCUUAACCCGCAUAAGGUGAACAGGGGUGACUCCCUCCUCCCACACAGAGCAUCUCCACCACUGAAAUGUCAACAGAGUAAAUUCUCUCUCUUUUUAACGAACUUAAGGGGGAGUGGGAAUCCGUUUCUUUUUAUUUUUUUACACACUGUCCAUAUAUGCUCUCUCUCUUCUACUGCUUGCGAGCUCAUGUUUGCUACUACCAGAAGCCACAGCUAUAAAGAAAAGAUUAUUGACAGGCAGGGUCAGUUUUUUGGUUGGGUUAGCUGAACCAGUUCUCCCUCUGUUGUUACAUACACAAGUGCAGAACAAUCUGGUUGUGAAAAUAAAGGAAAUGGGAAAGGGAGCUCCACAUUUGAGUCCUUAAUUUUAAUUCUCUUUUCGAUCCCCCUUGGUAAGGCAGUGAGGUUUUAGUAGCAGAUGGCAGGACUUGUAGUCUGUCGGCAGAGAUGAAUUUAAUAGGUACCCCAGCUCUGCAAUGUUCACCCUCCAAAAUCCUUCCAACCUCCUGUCACAGCUGGUCUUCCUACCAUCUCCCUGCACUGGGUCUCUUUAAGCGUUUGAUCGACUCCAUUGGAAGAAGAGAGUACAAAUUUACCUGCCUGCAGGGUGAAGACUGCAUCCAGUCAUGAAACCUGCCUAGGUCAGCGAUUUCUCCCAGAUACAAAAUGGAUAGGCAGUCCUUAACCUAUUCUAGAAGUGAAGUGUUUCAAGUGCAAGGCUGGAGUAUUACUCGCUAGCAAACACAGUGAGCACUGUGCCUUUCUGAACACAGGGGUGUCAAUGCUAAUCACUGCCUGGGAUAGAUAGGGCCAGGCUUGCUGAAGUGAAACAACUGAUUCCACAGGAGACCUCCAGCCUUUGAUGCAGCCAACAGAUCAUCUGGCAUUGUUGGCAGCCUUUACAGUCUAGUUACUGCCUGCAAGAAUCAAAGGGGGACAUAGACACUCCCUUCAAUCUUCCAUGCAUUGUUUAGGUCACAAGCAUAGUGGUUCAUAGCAGCUGUGAAGAUGCACUCCUGGUGUCUGUAAAAUUUCUCCCUCUAUCCACAUCAUCAUGGUGCAAUUUGUUCUCGGUGUUACUCUAUCUUUCUGUUGCUUCUCCCUGUAUCUCUUUCCUGCCCAAGUUUGGGGACUGGCAGCUGAAUGUAUUUUAAAACCUGUGAAAUUUCUUGGGGCAUUUUGAAAGUUUGCUUAAUUUCAAGAAAAUGGGGAAACGCUUCUCAAAUGGGGUGCCGGUGGUUAUUUAGAAAAGUUUUUAGAGCCUUUAGAAAUUCAAGACGUACUGUACUACCUUUUACAUCCUCAGAUCUCCCUUCUCCCCUACCAUUCCAUUUCUGUAUAAUAAAAAAAGCAAUUACUUUUCCA